AAGAAGAAACCUCUCACGACUGCACGUUCUGUAAUGCGACAUGUCGAAAAACAAGCUCGAUGAAAUGUUGCGGCACUACUGAGCAAUACUUGAUGUUGUUUAGUUGUUAAAAGAGACACUGUCUUAUCAGGCUUCUACCCACGGGUUGUUUGUCCAGUGAUCCUGCCCCAAAAAAAGCGAUGCUGGUCACCGUUUUCUGCGCGCCGAGGGAUCGCCCAGAAACCACCUUCGCCCUCGAUGUGUCCCCAGAGCUGGAAUUGAGAGACUUUGUAGCACUUUGCGAACUGGAAUCAGGAAUCCCAGCAGGGGAAAUCCAGAUCACAUAUGUAGAACAGCCCUUAAAAGACCCUACCCGUGCCUUGGGGACCUAUGGUGUUAAGGAUGGUGAUGUGGUGGUUCUCAGGCAAGCUGACAGAAGGCCACCACCAACUCAGCCAGCCUUCCCAGGUCUGCCCCGUAUUGACUUUCGUUCCAUCACAGUCCCAGGCACCUCUCCAUCAACCAGUCAGCGUGGAGCCAUAACGCCACCACAACAGGCUUCGCAGCCACUGCAGCAGCAGCAGCAGCAGCAGCGUGCUACACAACCUUCCACGCCAAUGGCCUUCCGGGGUUCCUCUCCUCAGGGGCUGGACGAUCCUGCCUUACUUCAGCAGAUGCUGCUAUCCAAUCCACACGAGCUUUCACUCCUGAAGGAGCGAAACCUGCCACUUGCUGAGGCCCUCCUGAGCGGAGACUUAGAGCGUUUCACCAAAGUGCUGCAGGAGCAACAGCAGGAUCGAGCCAAGAGAGAGCAAGAGAGGAUCAGACUUCUAACUGCUGAUCCUUUUGAUUUGGAAGCCCAAGCAAAGAUUGAGGAGGACAUCAGGCAACACAAUGUGGAAGAAAACAUGACCAUUGCAAUGGAAGAGGCCCCAGAAAGCUUUGGACAAGUGGUUAUGCUCUACAUUAACUGCAAAGUCAAUGGCCACCCUGUGAAAGCUUUUGUUGACUCAGGAGCUCAGAUGACCAUCAUGAGCCAGGCGUGCGCUGAGCGCUGUAACAUCAUGCGACUGGUGGACCGACGCUGGGCUGGGAUCGCCAAGGGAGUGGGCACCCAAAAGAUCAUUGGCAGAGUGCACUUGGCUCAGGUCCAGAUAGAGGGGGACUUCCUUCCUUGUUCUUUCUCCAUUUUGGAGGACCAGCCAAUGGACAUGCUGCUUGGCCUGGAUAUGCUGAAGAGACACCAGUGUUCGAUUGACCUGAAGAAGAGCGUACUUGUGAUAGGCACUACCGGCACCGAAACUCGCUUCCUCUCUGAAGCAGAGCUGCCAGAUUGUGCCCGACUUGCAUAUGGAGCAGAGGGGCGUGAAGACGUCCGCCCAGAUGAGAUAGCUGACAGAGAACUGGCAGAAGCACUUCAGAGGUCAAUACAAGAAAGUGACACUGCAGAUGGACAAACUACCUCACCACAGCCCCCAUCAUUUACAUUACCCAGAACCUUAGACCAAAUGUCCUCAUCCGCUUCCCCUUCCCAGAGGCCUUCCUCUGGUCAGACCCAGACCCUGGAUCGCUCUCAGUCUGCCCCGGCCGCUAUGGAGCAGGCCUCAGCAACAGGGCAGUGCCUGGACCAACCUGGCAACCUGGAGCUUCCUUGGCCUUUGUCCACAGCAGAUGAUGCUGGUUCCACAUCUGAUCAGGUCCACCCUCACCCUCUGCCUCUCCAUAGCGACUCCAAAGUGCCCCCUGAACCCAGUCCCUCAACAGAUGUCCUCCCUACAUGUACCCCUCAUGCAGGCACGACUAUACUAUCCCACUAUCCAGAGGAUGAGGGACUUUCUACAGCCACAGCAAGUGGUGUUGAAUCAUCUGAGGUAGUGAAUGGCUCCAUGGUCUCCCACCCAGAGGAACUCUCCCCUGUUCAACCCAUGGAACAGGAGACGACAGAGUCUAUCGCAGCUGAUAGCACAGGAGCCUGUCCGAGUGCUCCCAGCAAGCCUGACUCUGUUGAAAUGGGGUCCCCGGCUACUCUCCACGGUGUAGUGAACUCUGAGAGGGACCAGCCUGAAGGGGAACACUGCUCCAGCUCUGACAGCAUCCCCUCGCUGGCAGCUGCUCUGAAGGAGCUCCACGAGCUGCUGGUAUCCAACAGCCGUGCUCAGUCCCAAAGCCGCAGCACGUCGUGCUCCCCCUCACAUCCCUUCAGACAAGACACAGAUGAAGUGGCCUUUGAGCCAUGCACCCCAAUGCCUGAAAACACCCAGCCUUCCCCCUCCACUGCCAUUACAGCUGGUGCAGAACCAAGCAAUGCCAAAGCAAACCAUGGUGCUGCUGUGUCUGAUGAGGGGCCAUCAAAGUGUCUUGUACAUGUCCUUUCUGGCCAUGAUGAGCAAUUGGGAAGUGAUACAGCAGAGACUGUGGAGGGACAAGGGCCACCACAGCAUUCAGAUGGCUCGGCAGACAGGAGGGCAGAUACAUGUGGGCAGGAAGAAACAAAUAACAUCAGCAGUUCUCAGCCUGAGCCAGAGGCUCCUCCUGAUCCUGCAGGGGACCUGGAGUUCAGGGAACCUCCUGAGGGGCAGCAGGGGAGAGGGGUUGCAGUUGGAUGUGACUCUGGCACAAACAACCCAGACACUGUUGACCUCCAGACUGAGCACACUUUUCUCAGCCCUUUGUCACUAGCUGUGGGCUCGCCUGUGGAAGUCUCUAACAUCUCAUCUUCAGCUGUCCCUGCUCUCACUCAGGCUCCCCAGCCUACACCUCCAGCCCCUCUUAUCUCUUCCCCACAUCCCUUUAUUGAACAGUUUCCAGCUGAGCACAUCCAGAGAAUCCAGGCAGCAGGCUUUUCUGCCAGGGAGGCUGCAGAGGCACUGGAACAAGCCCACGGGAUUGUGGAGCUAGCUCUGCUGGCACUAUUAGCCCGCAGUAUCACUGUGCCCACCUAGACUUGUCAUCAGUCAUGCGAGUCCCCAGCCUCCCAACUCAGCAUCUGUCUUAUUUAUACCUUGUUACUGAUCUCAGUCCCUUUUUAGCAGGGAGCACAUAUAAUAAACAAAGGGACACGCUGUCUCAUGGUUUGUCAUACAGAAUAUGGAAGAACAAACAAAACUUUUCUGGAUAUAACAGAUAUGAAAGGCAUGUUUGCAUGCAGAUGUUUUGGGUGCCCACCCAUCUCACUGGUUUUUAGAGAUUUGGUGUGAUAGAUUGGAUUUCUUGUUUUUUUUGUUUUGUUUUGUUUUGUUUUUUUGUUUUUUUUGUUUUGUUUUUUGCUCUGCAACGAUAUAUUAAAUCCCCAAAGAACGAUUGAUUCUUGAACCACAGAACAUUGUUAUACUUUCCCCUAAUGAUAUCUCAUAAAACCAUCAUUAUGUAAGCCUUUAAUUUGUGCAAUAGAAUGGAGUCACCUCACUACAACUUAUAGAAUUAGCCCCAUGUGGUGAGCUUCAGAUCAUUCAGCACAAACUUGGACAUUAAAACCAGUAAGAGAACAAAGCAACAUGUUGGUUUUACGUUUUUAGCCCUUUCAGUUUUCAGAUCAGACUCCAGUUGUGGUAAAAGCUUAGAAGGGUUGAUCAUUAUUGAUCAGGUUUACAAAUCGUUUCUACAGAUAAGUGGAAACCUCUAAACUAACAGACAUUAUCAUACAUAAAUAUCAACUGAGCGACAAGUGUGCGCAUGUUGAAGUAUGAUCAUAGAUGGCAUUUUUUUGAAUACACUUGUGUAUUUCCGAAGGUAUCUUGUACUGUACGCGUGAUUCUCCACAGUUUGAAAGUUUUGCCAUGUGCAGAUAUGUUUAAAAAAAAUCAUUUGUGUCAAAUCAUCACCAUGUUUAUAGCUUAAACAUUUUUCAUUUUUGUUAUGUUAGAAUACAACCACUCACAGCUGUCAGAUGUUUAGUCAGUAUGUCAUAUAUCAAGGAUUUUAAUGGCUUUAUUUCAGUCAUAUAUCACCAAUGUUCAGGCAGAUUGAAUUAUUUACUUUUAUCUUGUAUGAAAUUUUAAAUUGCAAAUAAAAUUGAACUAGUAUUUGUUUUCUA